AUGAACGAUCAUGACUCGAUCGAAGUCGCCGACUCUACCGACUGGUUAACCACUCCAAUCCCAGGCCUCGCUGCCGUCGAAUCUGCACUGCGGUGCCAAGUCUGCAAAGACUUUUUCAAGACACCCAUGCUCACAUCUUGCUGCCACACCUUUUGCUCGGGAUGCAUACGUCGCGCCCUGUCCAACGACGGCAAGUGCCCGCUCUGCCGUGCAAAUGAGCAAGAGAUUAAGUUGCGCAACAACUGGUCCAUGGAAGAGGUGGUUGGCUCUUUCUUCAAGGCCAGGCCAGCUGUUAUCGGUUUUGCCAACAAGCCACCCGUAUCUGUCGUGGAGAGUAUAGAGAUACCCAAGCGAAGAUUGGACAAUGGUAUUGUGGAGGAAGAGUCUAGGGAGCCGAAGCGCUUGCGGAGCUCAGCAAGAUUGAGUGCGACGAGGGGCGCCCAAGCCACUUCGGAGAUGGCAAGGCAAGAAGCAGAAAUAUUCGCUUCAGAGCAGCAAGAGAAGGAGUAUGAUGAUGGCUUGGUCGCGUGCCCCAUAUGCCUGACACGGAUGAAGGAGGCCCAAGUCGAUAGACAUCUCGACAGUUCGUGCCCGGGGUCGCCUCAAACGGAAUCCCAACGUCGGCCGACCUCGAAAGAUCACUCGGUUCUCAUGAAUGGCUAUUCAUCAAUAAUCCAAGAAGCUUCGUCAAAGAAGCGCCCUGACCGGUUACCAGCGAUCAAUUACUCUAUGCUCAAGGAGCCGCAGCUUCGAAAAAAGCUGGGUGAACUUGGAAUUUCCACCAUGGGAGAUCGCAAAAUGUUGGAAAAGAGACAUCGUGAAUGGACCACAAUAUGGAACGCCAACUGCGAUGCACUACAGCCUCGGAGGAAAGCCGAGCUGUUACAAGAUCUCAACGCUUGGGAAAACACACUCGGAAGCCGAGCUCCUACGUCUUCCCGGUCCAUUAGUUUGGGUGCCCAGAUAAAAGAUAAAGACUUUGACCAGCAGGCUUGGUCAACAAAGCACGAUUCGUCAUUCAAGGACCUCAUUGCCAAUGCAAGGAAAAACAUUGCCAAGAGCACACCGGACAGAAAAUUGGCAGAAGAGUCAAAUCAGCCAUCAUCUUCUAAAUCAGCGGAGAUGCCAUCAGAAGUGCCUGUACCAUCGCAAAGCAACGUCCGGCCGAAACUUACUACAAAUGAGGAUGUACGGCCAAAUAGAGAGGGCCAGGUGGAAAAAACAUUAGCUUUCAAUAGGUAG